AUGAAGCUUUUCCAUUUUGCGAAGGUUUUUUAUAUACUUAUCGGUUUGUCGUCCGCAUCGAGCUACUUUGACAAUGCUCAGGGCACAGAGUUAGAAAACUUUGAUCUUGAUUACUCAAUUGAGGAGUAUCCAGAUAUCGCUUACAAUGAUGUUGCGGAAAUGGAUGUUGGUGAACAAAUUAAAUUGCUCCACAACUUCUCCAACCGUGAAAAUAAGGAUAUCACAAUUGUUGGUCUUGGGGUGCUUUUAGGGACGCGAUCACUGGGAGCCUCUUGUGAACCUUACAUCAACUACUGCGAAUCAUCAAUAAUCGGUCAAAAAAUCAAUCUAGACUUUGGAGGCGGCAAUUUUCUUUUGUCGCCUCGGAUGUUUGUUGCAUUUAAUGAUGAAGUCAAAGUCGUCCAAGCAAGACCCCAGUUGACCGUUAUUAAAGAGAAGCCGCUUUCAUUCUUCGAUCCUCAACUUUUGUUUUUGGAAGUUUUGCUUCUUCUUGCUACGGGUAUUGGAUUAUAUCUUGCUGUGCCCUCCAUUUUCUCUCAGAAUCAAAAGAAAGUAUCCCAGUCCAAGAGAAAUCCAUCAAGAGCACAGGAUUCGACCCUUCAUGGGUUCCAAGUCAUCAUCAGCACACUCAAAAGAAAAAAAGCACGUCAAAUAUCGAACAAAGUUAUUGUGGAGUUUGUCAAGACAGAUUUGCUUGAUCUAUCAACUUUCAAAGACAUCACUCCAAGUAAAUCCAGGCACAACAAAACUUUAUUGGGGUUCAUAGGGUUGCAUUACGUGAAAGGCAACAUUCACCUCGGCUUCAUCACCAGAUCGACUAAAGUUGCGUCAACAAGACUAAACGAGAAAGUAAAUGUUAUUACCGACGUCACAUUUUACUGUCUAAAUAAUGAUGAGUUCGAUAAAACGAUUAACUUGAGCUAUGAAGAACUGGGACAUCAUGUCCAGAAUGAAGAAACAGACUUGCACACGAAAUAUCCGUCAUUAUCAGUGCAAAAACUUCUUAAACUGGGACAUUUUUACUACUCAGAUGACUUUGACAUCACCUCUAAUCUUCAAGAAAGAGGUAUCUCGAUGAUGGAUGGCAACCGUGUUUCAGCAGACACGCCUUACUUCCGAAGCUUCAUGUGGAAUUACAAUAUGAUCACUGAAAUGAUUGAAUUUCGUAAUGGGUUAAGUGCCAUCGAAAAGCAGUGUUUUGAUGAAGCAAGGUUCUCCACUAUCAUUACUAGGGGCUAUGCUAAGACAAUUAAUAUUAGUCUAGAGAAUAAGGACGAAGCACUUCUUACAUUAAUUUCAAAACAGUCUUGCAAAAAAAAGGGUCCUUUGUUCGGCGAUUGGGGGUGUGACGAUGAUGGAGCAGUCUCAAACUUCGUUGAGAGUGAAAUUAUCAUUUAUUGCAAAAGGUUUUGCUUUUCAUACGUCAUUGUACGUGGUAAUGUACCAACAUUUUGGGAGUUACAAAAUGCUUUUGGCAAAAAAAGCAUUAUUUCGAAAAAUUCAAAGAAACUUGUGUUGACUCGGUCGUUUGAGGCAGCCCAACAUGCGUUCACUAAGCAUUUUGAGUCUCUUGGUAUCCAAUACGGGGAUAUUCAUGUUAUUGAUUGCCUUCUGAGAGACCAAGGUUCCUACAAAGGUCAGCUUAAGGAUAAUUACAGGGAGCACCUUCAAUCAUUCUGGAAUUCGAGAGAGCGCACUCUGGAUUACUACGGGGAGGAUAAGGAUUUGUUUGCUGCAUCAGCCAACUUUACGGUUUCAGCCACAGAUAUGCCUAUCUCCACUUCGUUCAUGAAGAAAAUCGGAUACUCUGCAUCCAAUCCCAACGAACUCGUAGGGCCGUUGGUUGAUUACAUUCUCAAUUUUGGUGCUUUGUUCUACGAUUUUGAGGAUCAAUCUUACAUCGGCAAACAACUUGGUGUCUUUCGGGUAAACUCAUUUGACUGCCUCGCCAAGGCCAAUUUUAUUAGCAAGGUCAUCUCUCAGGAAGUUAUUGAACUAGCUUUCAGGGACCUAGAUAUUCAUGUGGAUGAACAAAUUCGCUCACAACAUGCAAAGCUUUGGAAAGAAAAUGACGAGGUUUUGAAGGACCUUACACAUAACUACCUCUCUACGUUGGCGUAUACCCCGGGUGAAAAAUCGAACAAGAAAAGUCUCAAGACUCAGCUUGCGAAAAAGUAUCUCAAUGUUGUGGGAGAUAUUCGACCUAACGAGAUGGCGAUGCGCAAGCUACUUGGCAGGUUGCAAACUCAAGAAAAUGUGAAAAUCUAUAAUCCACUUCAUCAGUAUGUUUCCGCUGAAUUACGCAAGAGAUCAGGUGAGUACAGCUUCAAGAAAGACAUCAAUAUAUUUGCGUCCACCUUCAAUGUGAAUGGCGAUUUGUGCAAGGAUGAACAAGUGAGCCAAUGGAUUUAUCCUCAAGGACUUCACGGCUCUAAGGAAUACGACAUAGUUUUCAUAGGUUUCGAGGAAAUUGUUGAGCUAACACCAGCUAUUCAUUUUGUCAUCAAGAUCAUCAAGCAUUUGUUCCAAAGCAGCGGCUUGGGCUUCUGCUUCGUUAACUUGCUUGAGCGCCGUGGCUAG